GUGAUAUGAUCAUCCUGGAUAUGAUCGUGCGAUAUCUCUAGGGUAUGGAUUAAUCUUCAGAGUCUGAUAACUAUUUCUUUUUAUUUUACAAAAAAUAAAAACUUACGGAUGAGGCGUUGAUGAGGCCUUAUGAAUAAUUUAUGAUAAUCUAUUUAAAUACAAAAUUGAAAUAUAUAAUAUAACAAUCUAUUUUCUUUCACAGAUUCUCCAGCAAAAGAUUAUUCUAUAGAAGUCAGAAGUGUUACAGAAACUGUGGAUUGUAAAACUCCGCUUAUGUGCUAUGAAUAUAACAUUCCAGGCGAUACGACGUGGUGGUUGGUGCCUGCAUACGCUAAUACGGUAGCGGAGUCAUGUGCUGUGCGGCCAGGCUGUACUUAUAACGUACAGCUGACAGCUCACCCGUGGGAUGGAAAAACUAUCAUUGGUCAAACCAUACAAUUAGAUGAAUGCGUAGCGGGCGUAUGUUCGUGUGCACACUCCCCUCGACUACCCACGCCGGUGGUCUCCGCGACGACUAUCGUUGUUCAAGGGAAGAUCAUGGUCAACGUGAGCUGGACUUUGCCACUGCCGAAAUUCCCUCAAAGACUUCCAAAGGGCUUGAAUAAGCAAAGCUAUGCCAUUAGCAUAGGCAAGCAGAUGGUAACUGACGUCCACCCAGCUCCGUGGUUUUUGAACACUGUGCUACGUCACGUAGAUACUGAUGGACUAGUAUUAAAUGGAGACCAACCACGAUGGCUACUGUUACCAAUCAUUGAAAAAGACCGAGGUCCCAAACGAGGCGGGCGGGGCGGUAAAUUAACGCUCGACAUCAAACUUCUGGCUAGAGUCAAUUUAAUUGAUGACAGAGGAUGUAUCGGACCUGCCGGAAACGCUACCGCUUAUGGUAAACAAUAAAAAUACUUUUUUUUAUAUCUCAUUAGCCGUUCGCUUUGAGUUGGCCCGUCCGCUUCUCCACA